UGUCAAUCGUGUUAGCGCGAAUAUAAUAAAUACUGUUGUAGAAUAAACAUUUUCAGUAAUUCUUGAUUCUUGUUAUCUAGUAUUUUCUGGCUGUGAUGUAAGAUGGAUAAAUCAAAAUUAAACGAGAUGGUGAAGGCAUUACAAGAUGCUCAUAUGUAUGAAGAUAACAUGACUGAACAAGAUAUGCAAGAGAUUUAUAAAGUAAUAUCAGAUUCAAAAGAUACUGCACAAGAAGAAUCCCGAAAAAAUAAUGAAAGUGAUGAAGAUAUGUUCGAAGAACCAACCAUUCAAACUUUAACUAACGUCAAAAAUGUAGAUAUAGAGAUUACACCUAAAAAUAAAGAGAGCAAAAGUGUAUUUCAACCAAAAACUUGGACAUUCGACAAAAAACCUUUGGACGUAGAAAAUGUAUCCACAGAAGAACAUAAAGAAGAAGAUCCCCCUGAGGAUGCCACAAAAGCUAAUAUUAGAUUUGAAGAUAUGUUAAACCCCAGUGAACCAAUGCUCAAAAUAAUUUAUCAUCCAAAGCAAUUUACUAAUAUUCAAAACUGUCAGAAAUUUUUAAAGGCAGACGUUCCUACAAAAGCAAUGAUGUUAUAUAGCUACCACACUAACAUGGAAAGAUUAAGAUCCAAGUUAGCUAGGCAAUCAUUUUGUACAGUUGCUAUGCCUAAACCCAUUAUUUUGAAGGAACAAGUGAUCCCUUCCCUCGAAAGGGAUGAUGACUUUGAGGAUACUUAUAUUAGUAGAUCUGGCCGCCAAACAAAACGAAAAUGCUACUAUACUGAUGAUGAAAAUGUCCUGGAAGAAAAAACCCUAAAUUCAUCUAAUAAAAAACAAAAGUCCAAGAAUGAGGAUGAACAGGAGUGGGUUUCAAAAACAAAAUCAGCUAGCAAAACAGUGGCCAAGAAAUUAGAUUUAACACCAAAGUUAGAUUCUCAGAAAUUCAUGGAGAUUGAACCAGUCGAAGAUGAGAAAAAAGAGGUUCAAAAUGAUGAUAAGAAGGAAGCAGCUAAGCCCAAGUCAAAGAAACUUACAAAUACGGAAAUUAUGAAUAGGUCAUCUUUAUUUGCAGAGCCUCCCAAAAGAAGAACGCCGCGAUGUGAACUUAUGUUUGAUAAACUAAAAGAAGAAAACGUUAAAAAGCAAAAGGAGGAAAAAGCACUGGAAAUAUUUGAAAAAAGUUUAGAUAUGGAUGCGGACGAUAGUCAGUCUGAUAGUCAAAAAGAUGAAGAUAUCAUUAGUAUUGUAGAGGAACCAGUAAGGCGUCGUGUCAUUCCCACUAUACCCACAAAAAGAAGACCUAUUGGUAACCGGAAUAAACAACAGCAAACAAAUAAUCCUUCACCACUUAACAUAACUAUCGAAUCUGCUUCAACUUCAGUUCAAAAGCAAAAGGUAAAUUCUAGCGAUGACAUCCUCGAUAGUAGGAUCGUAUCAAGUAGGACUCGACAUAAUGAUACAUCUGCCGUUAAAGAAAAUGGCGUGACAGUUUCUUCCUCAACAUCAGUUGGAUCAUCGACGGAUGUUUCUUGUCCUAUAUGUUCCAAAUUGUUUUCGAAGGAUUCAAUACAGGAACAUGCUUCGUCUUGUGGCGAGGAAGAACAAAUGGUCACAAGAUAUUCCUCCCAAGCGCCUUCCAAGCUAAGAACAUGUGAAAUAUGUGAUAAAGUCAUCAACCUUGAUGAUUAUAGCCUCCAUGUACAGCAGUGUUUGGAUCAAGCAAAAUUGAAUAAUAAAAGAAAAUAAAUUCAUUAUUUGAUUUAAUUAUUAUAUUUUAUUGUUUUUGUUUAUAAGAAGUAUAUCAAACCUCGUUGAAAAUAGUUCGCAUGUAGUUUUAGGUUAUUAUUUUCAAAAGUUGAGUUAAUAGCUGUGUAAUAAUAGCAGCUUUAUAAAAAAGCUUAAUAAAAACUUUAUUUAUCUUACACAAAGGUUGAUCAAAACCUCAAAAUAGACAAUAUUA